GUUUUUUUCUAAAAAAAACAAAGAAUUCAGCUUUUGAUUUUCAAAAACUGAAUCUCAGUUUCUCUUCGCUUUAACGCUUUUUCUUCUUACCGGCGAAAUUAAGGGAAUUGGGGAAAUUUGUUGUUUGUUUAUGUGGAAGAACUCAGCAGCAGUCAUCAAAGAUUGUAGUUUUGUGUGUUUUUGAGGUUGAAUUUUGAUUUAGAUUAAUAAGUAUUUUGGUAGGUUAUAAGGGAAUUGGGGAAAUUUGUUGUUUGUUUGUGUGGAUGAACUCAACAAGAGCAAUCAAAGAUUGUAUUUUGGUGUCUUUUGAGGUUGAAUUUUGAUUCAGAUCAGUGAGUGCUUUGGUGAGUGUUUGUUUGGGUGGAGGAACUCAGCACCAGUCAUAAAAAUUGAACUUUGGUGUAUUUUGAAGUUGAAUUUUGGUUCAGAUCAAAGGGUAAUUUUGUGGGUGUUGAGGGAGUUGAAGAGUUGGGUGUUUGUUUGUGAGGAAGAACUCAGCAACAGAUCAUCGAAGAUUGUACUUUUGGUGUGAGUUCUUUUGUGAAUUUUGGGGGAAUUGGAAAGUUGUUGGGUGUGUUUUUGUGGGGAAGAAUUCAUCAACAGUCAUGUUCUAUGGUGCGGUGGUGUGGGAUCCUUGGCUAAUUGUUGCCCAAAUUGUGUGUCUUCAAUGCCUAUACUAUUUGACACUAGGGAUAUUCUUGGCAAUUCUUGUUGGGACUCGUGUUUCUCGAUUGAAUCUUGUCUAUUUCUUUGAUUAUGCUGCUGUUACUGCUUCAACUGUAACCGGAUGGUGCGUCAUUGCUUCCUUUCUCCUAAGUUCUCUUGCAGGAGCUGGCAUUUUACUUUAUUUGAUUGAGAGGGCAAAGAAGUGCCUAGAUUUUUCUGCAACACUCUACAUCGUCCAUCUUUUUAUAUGCAUUGUCUAUGGCGGUUGGCCUUCCUCAAUUACAUGGUGGAUUGUGAAUGUUACUGGGCUUGCGGUGAUGGCAUUGUUGGGUGAAUAUUUGUGUAUAAAACGUGAAUUACGAGAAAUUCCCAUUACAAGAUACCGAUCAAUGGUUUGAUCAAGUAGAUGUUCAGCAGCAAACAACAAAUUCCGUUUAAUUGUACAUCGAUGGCUUCUUUGGUUCAUAAACUAUUUGAGAAGAUUUGAAGCUUCUAUAUGUGAUUUAUUUCUCAUUCUGCGGCAAUGACAUAUCGAAGACUACUGGGAUGUCGCCAAAUGCACAAAGCAAGACAAGCUAAUCAGCUGAGUUACUAGGUGAUUCCUGUUCAAUAUAUGGAUACUUACAAGGAAGUUAAGCAACUUUAAUGGGAUGUUAAUUGUUGCCAAGCUACCUGUAGAUUUUAAGCCCUUGGAUUCAACAAUUUUUUAAUAUCAAAUUGCAAGGUUUUGCAGCAAAUAUUCUGAUCAGUCAAUUAGAAGCUAUUUCGUCCUACUUGUUCCUGUUGGUUUCUCUAACCUUAUGUUUGGAGCGGGAUAAAUGCAAAUGGUUGAGGAAUUGCUUGAGUUAUAAAUAUAUGAGAAUAACCUUGGAGCA